UCCCGCCAAAAUAUCUCUGCUCUAGUACAGUAGUGGAAGCAGAUACCAAGAGGACUUGUGGAUAUGGCAGUGGCCAUUACGAGCUUGGGUGUGCGGUUACGUGCUUUAGUUCUCCAUGGCUGUGGCCGCAGCCACAGCCAUGGCGGGUGGGUCGUUUCAGUUGUUAUUGCGAGCCGCGUCGUAAAGGUCUUUCCUCUCCCAUAGAGCAAACGCUUUCUCGAAUUCAAGAUGCUGGUGUGAUCGCUUGCCUUCGUGCCACUAGUGCGGAGGUUGCUGCAGAGGCUGCAAAUGCAGCAAUUGAGGGUGGCAUCUCAGUUGUUGGCACUGUUUUAACUGCUGAAGAUGCUAAAAAAGCAAUAAAUGCUGGGGCCAAAUUUCUUAUGAGUCCUGCAAUGGUGAAGGACAUUAUUGAUGAUGUCCAAUGCGGUGUUCUAUAUAUUCCAGGUGUUAUGACCCCUACAGAAAUAUUGUCUGCAUAUGCUGCCGGUGCCAAGAUUGUUAAGGUUUAUCCUGUUUCGGCAUUAGGUGGUGCUCAAUAUAUAUCAGCAGUUAAGAAGCCUUUUCGUCACAUUUCAAUGGUUGCUUCUCAAGGCAUAACAAUAGAUUCAAUAGGGCCCUAUAUAGCUCAAGGAGCAGAUUCUGUUGUUUUAUCUGAUGCUAUAUUUAAUAAAGAGGCAAUGCAUCAAAAGGACUUCAACAAGAUAUUUCAACUUGCCCGUAUUGCUGCUAUGUGUGGCAAAGAAGCUGUAGAAAAGAUGGAUUUAUGUUCUCGAGAAACAUAACAAGAUGAUGGAAAAUGGAGGUAGAUUAGUGGCCGGAUAGUGGCAGUGUCUCCCCAAAUCUUCAACCUUGAUCGCAUAAAAACCUAGUCUCCCCCUUUCCAUCACAAACAGGGCUACCAGAAUCUAGAACCUGUUUAUGGACUGAUUUAGAAAGAUGCAACAGAACGGGGAGAAGGACGAGAAUAAGACCAGAAGGAAGAUAAAGAGGGAUAAGGCUUGAAAAGGGGUAAACAGAGAUGGGGAGUCAUUUUAUUUCUUUUCCUUUCUUGCUUUUCCUGCCUCUGUUGUACUUAUUUUUAAAUGUAUCUUGCGAUUUAUUCUCCUGCAAAAUUUGGAAUUAAUCAAAAUUAUGUUUUAAUUUCUAACUCCAUAUAAUGUUAUUCUUUUUUUUU